UGGACAUCGAUUAUUUGCCACCUCUAGGAAGUGCGGCUAAAUAAACCACUGUUUAUAAACGUUUCACUUACAAAGUCUCACUGAUAAAUAAAGAAAAAGCUUAGAAAUGCCGCGAAUAAUGAUAAAAGGAGGUGUUUGGCGGAACACCGAGGAUGAAAUCCUUAAAGCCGCUGUAAUGAAAUAUGGCAAAAACCAAUGGUCACGAAUUGCCUCAUUGCUUCACAGAAAAAGUGCUAAGCAAUGCAAGGCUCGUUGGUAUGAAUGGCUGGAUCCUAGCAUUAAGAAGACUGAGUGGUCGCGUGAAGAAGAUGAGAAGUUAUUGCAUUUGGCCAAGUUGAUGCCAACCCAGUGGAGGACAAUAGCACCCAUCAUAGGCCGCACUGCUGCCCAAUGUUUGGAACGUUAUGAAUACCUGCUAGAUCAAGCCCAACGGAAGGAAGAUGGCGAGGAAGUUGCAGACGAUCCGCGUAAAUUAAAACCCGGUGAAAUUGAUCCUAAUCCUGAAACUAAGCCAGCCAGGCCAGAUCCAAAGGACAUGGAUGAAGAUGAAUUGGAAAUGUUAUCAGAAGCCCGAGCUCGUUUGGCUAAUACACAAGGCAAAAAAGCAAAACGUAAGGCCCGUGAAAAGCAAUUGGAAGAAGCUCGUCGUUUGGCUGCUUUGCAAAAACGUCGUGAACUUCGUGCUGCUGGCAUUGGUAGCGGCAGACCUAAGCGUAUUAAAGGUAUAGACUAUAACGCCGAAAUUCCCUUUGAGAAAAGACCCGCUUUGGGUUUUUAUGACACAUCAGAGGAACACAUCGACAAAUCGGAACCAGAUUUCAAUAAAAUGCGUCAACAAGAUUUGGAUGGAGAGUUGCGCUCUGAGAAGGAAGAACGUGAACGUAAAAGGGAUAAACAGAAGUUGAAACAACGAAAGGAAAAUGAUGUGCCAACAGCAAUGCUGCAGAAUUUGGAACCUGAACGAAAACGUUCUAAACUUGUAUUACCCCAACCUCAAAUAUCGGAUCAGGAACUGCAGCAGGUUGUUAAGCUUGGACGUGCCAGUGAAAUCGCAAAAGAAGUUGCAAGCGAAAGCGGUGUUGAGACCACCGAUGCAUUACUUACAGAUUACUCAAUAACCCCACAAGUGUCUGCAACACCCAGAACUCCAGCUCCAUACACUGAUCGUAUUAUGCAGGAAGCCCAAAAUAUAAUGGCUUUAACACACGUAGAAACACCGCUAAAGGGAGGAGUUAAUACUCCCCUUUACGAGUCUGACUUUUCCGGAACAUUACCUAAAUCUUCAGCAAUAGCCACGCCAAAUACUGUCAUUGCUACUCCUUUUAGGACACAGCGUGGACAGGAAAAUGGUACUCCUGGUGGCUUUGCAACACCCAUGUCAUCGGCAUUGGUACCUGUUGGGAAGACACCACGAGGUGGCGACGGAUCUCAAACAGUGGCUUUGGUUAGGGACAAACUAAGCAUCAAUCCAGAGGAAAAUAUUAAUGUUGGUGAUACACCGGCAUUGUACAAAAAUUAUCAAAAACAACUUAAACAUAGCCUACGCGAAGGUCUGGCUACACUUCCAGCUCCCCGCAACGACUAUGAAAUCGUUGUGCCUGACGAUAGCAAUGACAUUGCCCCAUCCGAACCAUCUGAUGAAGUCGCCAUGAUCGAAGAUCAGGCAGAUGUAGAUGCGCGCAUUGUUGCGGAACAAGAAGCAAAACGUAAACGUGAAUUGGAGAAGAGGUCGCAAGUUAUACAAAGGACUUUGCCACGACCCACUGAGGUCAAUACAAAAAUAUUACGUCCUCCAACCGAUAAGCAAAAUCUAACGGAACUCCAGAAGGCCGAAGAAUUGAUAAAACAUGAAAUGAUCACCAUGUUAUUAUUUGAUUCUACUAAGGACCCUGUGCCUGGACAAUCACAAGCCAAAAUGGAUCAAUUACAAAGUUAUUUUAAAGCCAAUCCAUAUGAAGAUGUCUCACAAAGUGAUCUGGAGAAAGCCAAAGAAAUGUUGGCCGAAGAAAUGAAAGUUGUAAAGGAGGGUAUGGGACAUGGUGAUCUACCACUCGAUGUUUAUUCACAAGUAUGGGAAGAAUGUUUGGGCCAAGUCCUGUACUUGCCCUCGCAGAAUCGGUACACUCGGGCCAAUUUGGCAAGUAAAAAAGAUCGCCUUGAAUCAGCUGAAAGACGUUUAGAACAAAAUCGCCGUCAUAUGGCAAAAGAAGCAAAACGUUGUGGCAAAAUCGAAAAGAAAUUAAAAAUUUUAACUGGUGGUUAUCAGGCUAGAGCCCAGGCCCUGAUAAAGCAGUUGCAAGACACAUAUGAACAAAUUGAACAAAACACAACUGCAUUAUCCACCUUCAAAUUUUUAGCUGAACAAGAGUCGGUGGCUAUACCCAGACGUUUAGAGUCAUUACAAGAAGAUGUACGUCGUCAAAUGGAACGUGAGAAGGAGCUUCAACAGAAAUAUGCCAAACUUCAAGAAACUUUAUCUGAACUAAAAGUAUCAUGUCCUAAUUAAAUGUUUACUGUUUAAAUUUGUGGGAUAAUAAAACAUAAUAUGUGUGAACUUCGCUUAGAAGAAAUAAAUCAACUUCUUAAUUACA